AUGGUGACCUCCAGCAGUGAUUAUUCCUCUAGCUCUUCUGAUGAGGAUUCCAGGAUUCCUUUGGCCAAAGCACGUGCCAAUAUGGAUCAUGCUAAGAAGACAAUAAAUGGCAUGUCCCUCGAUGAGCUGAAAGCUGCUCGCGAUGAACUCUUGAAGAGGAAGGACAAAGAGGAGAUAACUGCUGAGUAUCGGGAGAAGAAACCCUCAGACUCAGAUCCCUCAGAUGUCGAGGAAGAACCCUGGGAGCCGGAGGAACGCAGAAGUAGGCUGUAUCCACCUCACAGGGAAAUUGAGUGGCAGGUUAAGGAUGAUCUUCAAGCUGCAUGUGAUGAAGAAGACUACUUGGAUGCAAUAUAUGGCGAUGUCGAAGAAGAAUUCCCUGAUGAUUCAGACAGUGAUUCCGAGAAAGAGUCCGGAGAGGAUUCCUCGGAGGAUGAUGAUGAUGAUGAUGAUGACGAAUCGGAUGACUUUGACGAUUAG